AUGUCAUCGCAUCGAGAUCGGGAUUAUCCGGAUGAUGAUGAUCGUCGGUCAUCAAAACGCCAUCGAUCAGGUCGUAGUCAUGAAAGAUUAUCAUCUCAUCCUCAACGUCGAUCGUAUUCAUCAGCAGAUGUAGAAGAAAAGCCAUCGAGUAGUCAGUUAAGUCGAACUGUUGAAUCUGGUUCUACUUCCACCGUUCCGAAGACGACAACGGAAACAGAAAGUGGUUCAAAAGCACGUUCACGAUCAUUUGUUCGUCCGAUAAUUCGUUCUGCUGUUCCAGAAUCACAAUUGAUUUCACUUGCACGACGACCCGCUCAAUCUGGACGAGGUAAAUUCAUUGUUUUCAAAAUUUUCUUUCAUUUUGCAUUGAUAAUCACACUUACAGUUGGUCAACGAGUUGAACUUUAUACCAAUCAUUUUAAAAUCGAAUUUGAGAACAACUCUCAAUCAUCAAAUAUUUAUCAAUUCGAUGUCGAUGUCGAAAUUCUUAUGCGUGAUGGUUCAUGGCGUUCAUGUAAGCGAGACGAACGUUUUCAAGUUAUAAAAACAAUUAUUGAACGGGAAAAAUUUCCAUUGGUAUGGUAUGAUCAAGGAAGAAGUUUAUAUGCCAAAGAAAAUUUAACUGUGAACUUUAAUAAAGAAUACGAAUGCGAGAUAAAACAUAAGAAAACUGAUCGAACGAAUCGCUUUCGAUUUCUAUUGAUUAAUUUAGUGAAGACAUAUGAUUUAAAGAUAAUUUUUGAUUUUAUUCAACGAAAAAUUCCACUAAGACCACAUGAUCCGGUGAGAAUCUUAGAAAUUUUAUUAAAACAAACACAACGCCUUGAUAUGGUGAAUAUUAAAAAUCGAUCAUAUCCAAAACAUCAAAAAUUAGAUGAUCUUGGUAUAGGAUUUGUUCGAGAAGAUCAAACUUCAUAUCUCUUGAAUUGUUGUUUAGGUGAUGGACGUGGUUUAGCAUCGGGAUUUUAUCAAGCAAUUGUGUUAGGUGAACGUGGUCCAACAUUAAAUGUUAAUAAUACAUUCUGUUGUUUUUAUCAAAAUUAUAAUUUAGUAGAAUUUAUUACAUGUUAUCUUGGUAGCGAUAUUCGCCGGUCGGGUAUAUCAUCAAAAGAUCAACCAUUGUUAGUACGGAAAAUUCUUAAAUCGAUAUGGUUUGUCACAACUCAUACUAAUCAAAUUCGUAAAUAUCGUUUAAAAUCAUUUGGUUCUCCAGCAAAUCAACAUACAUUUAUAAAGGAUCAAGGUUCAAAGAUAAGUGUUGCUGAUUAUUUUUAUGAGAAAUGGAAAAUUCGUUUGCGACAUCCACAUUUACCUGUUGUGGAACUGUUUAAUCCAGUUGAUAAGAAUAAAUCACAUUUUUUACCGAUGGAAUUGGUUAUUGUUGAUGACUGGCAGAGAAGUUUAAAACCUCUUACAAUAGAACAACGUGCAACGGUAACGAGGAAAACUGUUGUCAAGCCAGGCGAACGAUAUGGAUUGAUUCGACGUAUUGUAGACGAACGUCAAUAUGAUAAAGAUUCAUAUUUACAGAGUUUUGGUAUGAAGAUUCAAACGAAUGAUAUGUUAGCAAUUACCGGUCGACUUUUAACUCCACCUGAAAUCAAAUAUAAAUCACCACAUGAUGAAAGUCGAGAUGUAAUCGAAAGAGUCAGUAUUGGUAAAUGGUAUUUAAAUAAUUAUUUCAAUAAAACGCGUGAAAUACGUUCGUGGGCAUUGGUUCUUGUCAGUCAAAGAGCACCCGACGAACGGCAAGUGGGUUUAGCAAAAGAUUUUGCAAAUAAACUUCCACAGGUUUUGAUGAAACUUUUUCAAAUGAAAAUUAUUCGAAAUACUACUCUUCUUUCUGUUAUUAAGGCUAUGUCAAAGUAUGGAAUUCGACUCAAUUCAUCAGCUAUUGAAAAAUCUGAUGCAGCAAGUCCAGAUAUUAUCCUGGCACGAAUGAAUGAAUUGAAAACACUUGGAUGUGAAGUGAUCAUUUAUAUUCUGAAUCAAGUUGGUGAUGAUAUUUAUCAUGCAAUUAAAUUCUUUGGAAAUGUUAAACUUGGAAUGGUAACACAAUGUACACGAUUUGAUAAACUACAAGCAAAUAGUGAACCACGCAAGAUGGAUAUGUACAUUCAGAAUUUAUCUCAAAAAUUCAAUGCAAAAUUAGGUGGCAUUAACCAAUUUGUUUCACUUAUGCGAGCAUUGACAUCUCCAUCAACUCGUUCAGAUGUUUUCAUGUUUUUUGGUAUUGAUUGUACUCAUGUAAUGUGCUCACGUGAACGACCAUCAAUUGCAGCAAUCAUUGGUUCCAAAGAUUCAACAAGUACACAAUAUAGUGGCCGUGUUGUUCAACAAUAUUCACCAAAAGGAAAAAUAUCAGUUGAAAUUAUCAAAGAUCUUCAUAUUUACGUUGGAGAUUUAAUACGAAAAUUCUCGGAACAUAAUUCACGUUUACCAAAUAAACUCGUCUUUUAUCGAGCUGGAGUAGAUGAUGGAGCAUUCCAGAAAGUCUUGGACAAUGAAGUACAAGCUAUUAAACAAGCAUGUCAAGAAUUCUACGGUCAUAAUCAAUUGCCAAAAAUUUGCUUUACUGUGGUCAAGAAAAAUCACAAUACUCGUUUCUUUAUCUAUGACAAACAAUCAAAUCAAACGAAUAAUGUUCAACCUGGUACAGUUAUUGAUACAGAUAUUGUAUCACCCAAUGGAUUUGAUUUUUAUCUCAAUUCUCAUGCAGCCAUUCAGGGUACAUCAAAACCAGCACUCUAUCAUGUCUUAUAUGAUGAUAUCGGUUUUACAUCGGACGAAAUUCAACAAUUAACAUAUUAUCUUUGUCAUACUGAUGUUCGAUGCACGAAAGCUAUAUCGAUUCCAUCACCUGUGCAUUAUGCAUCAAUCUGUGUGUCUCGUGGACUUAAUCUUGACUAUGAAGGACAAAUGGCAAAUGAACAACGAAGUAUAGCAACUUCUGAUAUGGAAGAAGGACUUGUUGAUGAAAAUAUUGUCGUUACAUUGGAUGAUGUUCAAACAUUAAAAAUUGAUUUCAAUUCAAUGAUUGAAAAUACAAUGUGGUUCGCAUGA